ACAAAGAAGAGGUUAUGCAAGGGCCGCUCACCGACGACCAGCGCGCUCGCCAAGAGAUGCUCCAGCGCAUGCGCGAUGAGCUUCGCCGCGAGAGCGCCAACCCGCUCAUCAACCUCAGCCGCAUCGAGACGCUCAAAAGCUACAUGCAGAAGUUCGCCCAGCCGACGCGCACGUACGACAAGACGACGAUGGAGUCGUACGAAACGGCGUGCUUCGCCUACGACAACCAUGUUCGUCGAACGCUUCUUCACAACCACCGCAACAAGCAGUUCCAGGCCGAGCUAUGUUCACCGCUCCGAAACACGCCGUUUGUGCUCGACCGGUACGAGCUCAUGGAGUUGCUAAGCACGUCGUCUGCGACCACGAGCGACGUGGAGCUCUGGAAAGCCGUCGACAGGUCGACUAAGUCGCUCGUGACACUCAAAGUUUCUGCGAACCUGGACCUCUUGCGGCUCGAGUAUGCUGCCUUCAAGUCGCUGCGCUUUGCAAGCAUCGUGGCCACGCUUCCGGGCGAUGGCAUCGUAUCAGUGCCCGUACACGACGGCCAAUCCGUGCACCUCUUUCCGCUCGAGCACAUGCACCAUGACCUUCAGAGCGUUCUCUACAACACACCGGGCGGGCGGCUCGCGCCCUUUGAGGCGCGCGAGAUCAUUUUUCGCCUCUGCCAAGCCAUUCAAUUCCUCCACGACGAAGAAAAAGUGGCCCAUUGCGAUCUUCGGCCGAGCCACGUGCUCGUCGCGUCGCCGCCCAAUCUCGACGUGCGUCUCACGAGCGUCAAGUCGAUCCAGAACCGCCGCGACACGAUCUACCACGUGACGCCCCGUGACAUUCUCGCGAUGCCGAGUCGCCGCGUCAUGUACCUCUCGCCCGAGAGCUUUCGGCACUGGACUCCCUCGCGCGAUACGAACGUCGAGACAACGACCAACGCGUGCGCCGAUAUUUGGGCGAUCGGCAUUCUGCUCUACGAAAUGCUCUACGGCCAGCACCCGUUCUGCGACGGAGUCUUGGACCUCUGCCCGGCCGACAAGGUUGCAUAUGGCGUGCUUCUCUCGUCCUACGGCCUCAAGACCGGACCGUCGCUUUCGUUUCCGGCCCGCCCCGACAACAUCCACGACGAUGCCAAGGACUUUAUUCGCCAGUGUUUGGCGCCAAGCGCCGUCAAUCGCCCGAACGCCCUCGCCCUCAUUGUUCACUCCUACUUGACCUAA